CCAGUCCCAAGUCCAAAAGAUCGAGCGAUCGACGAUGGCGCUGGCCGACAUGAGUGCGAUGACGGACGCCAUGCAGGAUGAGCUCGCGACCUUCGUCAUUGCCUACGCGGGAGCUCCUCAGGACCAUGACAUGGCGACCUUUGCCUCGGGAUUUGCAGCCGCUCACAACAUGAACCUCACGCCGCUCAAGCACAUCCUCCAAGACACUUUGGCCAUCCUUUCGACCGCCAUCACCGGCCAGGCGUCGUCUGCUGAUCUCGUUGCAGCGCUAUUGGCAGCAGGCGUGAAUGAGGCGACAGCAAAGCGCUUUGGCGUGCGAUGGACGGCGACAUCCCAUGCAUCAGGCCGCAGCCUCCAGCUCGUCCAUUCCGAGCUCAUCGAUAUGACGUGGAAGCUUGGCAUCACGACGGCUACGAACCUUCUACCAUCGGUCGGUGCUCCAUUUGUCGUCUUGACGUUUGUUCUGCAGCCGCGUGGCACGUCGCUGCGGUCGACCGAGACACUGGAGCUGUCGCUGCCCAUGUUUUACCAAUUCCUCGCCAACGUCGAGGCCCUUCAAGCCCACCUGUCGUUUCUCCAGACCUAAUCGGAACCACGCCGUUUUCGUUUCGCAGGCC